AUGACACCGGAGUACUUCAAGAUGCUGGUGGGGGUUUUUGCACCGGAGUUUCGCAGCGUCAAGAACAUGCACUUGAGGAACUUCUACAUGAUAGUUCCUCCUCUGACGGUAAAUUUUGUGGAACAUUCCAUCAGCUGCAAAGAAAAACUAAACAAGAAGAAUAAAGUGGGAGCUGCAUUUACAGACGAUGGUUUUGCCAUGGGAGUCGCCUACAUCCUGAAGCUUCUGGACCAGUAUCAGGAGUUUGACUCUCUCCACUGGUUCCAGGCUGUGAGGGAAAAGUACAUGAAGGAAAUGAACGCGGUGGUGAAGGAGCAGAACGUUCAGUCCACCAGCCAAGACGAGAAGCUCAUGCAGACCAUGAACCUGACCCAGAAGAGACUGGACAUAUAUCUGCAGGAGUUCGAGCUGCUCUAUUUCUCUCUGAGCAGCGCUCGGAUCUUCUUCAGAGCUGAUAAAACGGCAGCCGAGGAGACCCAGGAGAAGAAGGACAGAGACGAAGUUGCCAGAACUGAUGUUGGUUCCUCAACGAUUGAGGGUUCUCCUGGGGAAACCAGCACCAAGUGAAACUACAGAGCAGCUUGAACAUAUAAAUCACUUGAACAGCAGGGACCUCCAGCCACUAUACUUCUGUUGGAGUCUGUACAGCGUCUUGAAAUCAUUUUGGCGUUACAUCACCUGAACUCGUUCGACUGGAACUGACUGUGGAUUUGGACCAAUGCUUCGGUUUUAGACCCUGAUUGUUUUAUGUAUCAACAAAGACGUUCAACUGCUGUUUUGUCGAGCCUUAUACGGUCAUGUAAAUUCAAGAAAUGUGAUUGGUAGUUGAAGGCGUCUGUAUCUGUUUUUUUUCUCUUAAAAAUAUUGAUUGUUAGGCACAGAUAUUUUUAUAUGAUGAAACUGGCCCUUAGCAGAAUUUUCUUUUUUUUAGAGAAUGAAAUUGAUUUUUUUAGAUUAAUGAACUUUUUUUUUUUUUUUUAGAUAAUUAAAUUUAA